CAACAAUCAUCAUCUCCAUAUUUCUUCUGUUUUUUGAACGUUAUCUCUAUUUCUCAUUUAGCUUAAGGACAAAUCCUCUUUUUUGAAUUUGGGGAAUUAGGGUUUUGAAUUUUGUUUAUUCAAUCAAAUUGCAAAAAUGAAACGCAAUUGCUGUCACAUAUCAUUAGCAUUCUUGCUUAAAUUCUUCAAUUUCCUUCAAGCAUUCAUAGGAAUUUCAAUUAUAUUAUACUCAGCAUGGAUGCUUAAUCAAUGGAACCAUCGAGCUCCGCCGCCUCCAUCUCCGCCGGCGCCAAUAGCUCCGUCUCCUUAUUCUUUUGACUCUCACUCUCUUCGACCGCUUAAUCUCUUUGCUGACGUGGCUUUUCGGUUGGGUGACGAUGAUGAUGGUCUCGGUCUUGAUUUAUAUUCUGCCAAGCUUCCAGCUCCAUGGUUUAUUUAUUCGUUUAUGGGAGUGGGCGUCAUAUUGUGUAGUGUUACUCUCAUCGGUUGCAUUGCAGCUGAGGCUAUUAACGGCUGUUGCCUGUGCUUUUACACUAUACUGAAAAUAUUGCUCAUUCUGCUAGAAUCAGCAUUGGUGGCUUUUAUUGCUAUUGAUCGCCGUUGGGAGAAGGAUCUUCCUAUUGAUCCGACUGGCGAACUCGAAAGCCUUCGGUCUUUUAUUGAAGAAAAUGUGGAUAUAUGUAAAUGGGUUGGCAUUACAGUGAUCGUAAUACAGGCACUAUCUCUAUUACUUGCGAUAGUAUUGCGAGCAAUGAGUUCAACUCGUAGAUCAGAUUCAGAAUUUGAGGAUGAUUAUGAGAGUGCUAGAGGUAGGUCUUGGGAACCGCUUCUAAAUCAAUCAGGUCAAACCUCAGGGUCAGGGAUUCACUCAGACAUCUGGAGCUCACGGAUGCGAGAGAAGUACGGGCUGAACAGCGGUGACAAAACUAAUGCACUGAAUCAAAAUGUGUCAAGAGCGUGAUAUCCAGAAAUGGAGAUUUCAGAAGUCAUAUCCCCAUGAGAGAAAAGGAGUCUUAAGCUCUUUUCCUGACUUACGUAAUGUUUCUUUUCAUGGAGAUUGUGGUGUAUAUAGGUGUUCGCAUGUUUGUUAAAAUUAUGUAUGCUAACUGGGAGCAUUCUGUUAAAGGUAGAAGUGUGGUACUGUAGAUGUGUUGUUGAUAUCAUCGACGUUGAUGCAUUUAAGGAUCACUUUCCUCAUUUUCGGCGAGCAAAAACCUCUCCGAUGAAGUAGUAGUUACCAGUUGAGGCACUUGGAUGGAAAUGAUUGCAGUGUAAACGGUUAGAAGGAGUUCUUGUAAUAUCUGUGUGUUUAUUUCUAUUUUCCUCUUGCGCCUGCAAGAUCUGGAUCCUUUUCGGUUUCUGACCUGUUUUUCUGCUAAAUUAAUCUUACCUUUCUAUGAUAUUAAGUGUUUAAUUUGGUUGUUA